AAGACAAUGACCCGAUCUGAAGGCGCUUUUGGGUUACUUAGCCGUCUCACUGCGUGAUUCAUGGACCAAAUUAGUGACUUCUUAAUAUCGAAAAUAACGGUAGCAAGUUGGCGUCUUUUAUCGUGCAUUAGUUGACCAACGUGUAGGCUACUUGCAGCGUACUUUCAGUGACGUUCAGGAGAGGUGCAGCACCUACAAAGGCACAAUCAUAGGAGACCAUAUGAUAAUAGAUACCAAGUUGUUCAAUGGACGUUGACUUAAAUUGGGUAUGACCUGAUUCCUUACAUGGUUAGGACACUAACAACAGUACGCAUACGGGUGCCACGGCGUUAUCCUUUAGUGCUAAUGGCGUACAGUGAGACAAAUGAGGUGAAUGUGUUUUGUUGAUCAUAAUAGUAAGGAUAUAGUUUAUAUACUACGUAUUCAGACCCUGCAACGUCCCUGCGCUCUUCUCACUCACACUUCUCCACCGCAGUGGCUUGGGGGGAUGGAUGGAAACUAGGACCCAAACAACACUAACUAUUAACCUUCAACUCCGUUAACUGGACUAUGCACGUCGUUACACUUCAUACAUGGUCCUGUGUUUAUCAAGGAUAGCGAAGCUGAAGUUUUCCAAGCCCUAAAGUUGUCAGGCAGCGCGUCCGACACGCAUGCGCGUCCUGCUCCGGCUCUAAUAAGAGUUAAAACACAAACGAGGUGUUAAUAGGAGUGUGGAGGGAAGGAGAAGAGAUGACUGACACUCCACCCAGUGAUGGCCCUUCACAGGGAGCAGACUUUGACAUGAUAAGUGGACUGGACUGGAAAGAUGGCAUUGCCAGUCUUCCAGGGAGUGACAUUAAGUUUCGCAUGACAGAGUUUGGAACUCUAGAGAUGGUCACGGACCCAGAGGUCAAAAAGAAGGAAGUAGAGGCCGGCAUUGAAACAUCUGACCCAGCACCAGCCCAAAGUCCCACCCCUCCACCAGAGGGAAAAUCAGACGCAGCCCCAGUCCCCCCAGCCAAUCAGACGAAAGCAGGUUCCUCUAAAGUCACUGCUCCUGUUCUCCUGUCUCUUGAGCCCUGCAGCAAAGAGGGCCCAAGCGUGGAGGUGCGCCCCAGCACGUCGGUAGGCCCCAGCACCGUCAGAGGCUCCAGCAUUGAGGUGGGCCCCAGUGCGGUGGUAGGCCCCAGUGCGGUGGUAGGCCCCAGCGCGGUGGUAGGCCCCAGUGCGGUGGUAGGCCCCAGCGCGGUGGUAGGCCCCAGUGCGGUGGUAGGCCCCAGUGCGGUGGUAGGCCCCAGUGCGGUGGUAGGCCCCAGCGCGGUGGUAGGCCCCAGCGCGGUGGUAGGCCCCAACGUGGACAGGGCCCCCCGCACAGUGGUGGGUCCCAGCAUGGAGGUGGUCCCAAGUGCCAGUGUAGACCCCGGCACAAUGUCAGUGACCUGUGGGGCCUGUGGCAGCUGCGUUUCCCGGGAAACUCUCAUUAAGGGCAAAUUCUGCAGCUUGGCGUGCGCCCAGCCGACAAGUGGCAGGUCGUCCCCAGGAGAGACCAGGGAGAGCCAGGCAGUGGAGUGUGAGAAGCUAGGUAAACGGGUGCGCAAGAAGAGGAAGAUCUAUAUGGACUCUGGGGACGAGGAAGAGGACAACAACCAGGAGGAGGAAGAGGAAAAAGCCAAAUCUUCCAAGGGCAGGAGAGCUGCCAAGCUCGCCAGACUAGUGACAGCCCCGCCCAAUAAGAAGCGUGCGUGGAGCUGGCCUGCAUACCUGGAAGAAGAGAAGGCUGUUGCUGCCCCCGUGAAACUUUUCAAAGAGCAUCAGUCAUUUCCACAGAGCAGGAACAGCUUCAAGGUGGGGAUGAAGCUGGAAGGCCUGGACCCCUGCCACCCGUCCCUCUUCUGUGUGCUCACUGUCGCUGAGAUCCAGGGCUACAGGAUAAGGCUGCACUUCGAUGGCUACACAGAGUGCUAUGACUUCUGGGUCAACGCCGACUCCUGGGACAUCAAGCCAGCCGGCUGGUGUGAGAAGAUGGGACAUAAGCUGCUGCUGCCAAAAGGCUGUAAGGACGGGGAGUUCAAUUGGAGCAUGUAUGUGAAGAACUGCAGAGGGCAGCUGGCUCCCAAGCACCUGUUCAAAAGCCUCAACACGUCUGUGACUCCCUCCGGGUUUCGCAUGGGGAUGAAACUGGAGGCGGUGGACAGGAAGAACCCGUCGUUGAUCUGCGUGGCUAGCAUCGCCGCCGUCGUUGACAACCGCCUCCUCAUUCACUUUGACAACUGGGACGACACGUACGACUACUGGUGUGAUGCCAGCAGUCCAUAUAUCCAUCCAGUGGGAUUCUGUGAAGAGGCUGAGCUCACAUUGACCACCCCUGCCGAGUACAAGCACCCCAAGAGCUUCUCCUGGGACAAGUACAUGGAGGAGACGGGGACACAGGCUGCCCCGGCACGGGCCUUUAAACCGAGACCCCCACACGGCUUCCAGGUGGGCAUGAAGCUGGAGGUGGUGGACAAGAGGAACGCCAUGCUCAUCCGCGUCACCACCAUCUCAGACGUGGAGUACCACAGACUUAAGGUCCAUUUUGACGGCUGGAAUGCAGAGUACGACUACUGGGUGGACACGGACAGCCCCGACCUCCACCCUGUCGGCUGGUGUCAGAAGACUGCUCACCCACUGCAGCACCACACGUCUGAGCCAGGCACUGUGGACAUAGGGCUGCCCCCAGGACAAGGCUGUCCCACCCAAGGGUGCAACGGGGUGGGCCACGUCCGAGGGCCCCGCUAUGGAACACACUACACUCAGGUCAGCUGCCCGUACUCUGAAAUGAACCUCAACAAGGAGGGUCUGGUGCCCGAUCGCCUGAAUGGGGAGCGACCCAUGACCCUCGGAGGUCCGUACCAGCGGGCGCGGCGCCCGGAACUCAACCAGACGAGUCCCUCGACGAUCCUCCCCGCACCCCCGCCGGAGCAGCCAGAAACCCCUGACGACACCCAGGCUACCAAGAAACCUUUGGCAGUUGAAGCGGAGCGAACUGGACGCAAUAGCCAGCCCGAGCCACAAGGUGGAGCCAGCGAGCCGAGCAACAAUGAAGCAGCAGCAGCAGCAGCAGCAACAGCAGUAGUGGUCGUAGCAUCAGCAGCAACAACCACAGCAAGACCAAAACGGUCUGCUCCCGUUCCUAAAUACCUGAAGAUGCAUUAUGUCAAAGAAGAGAUCGGAGAUGGUAAAGCCUCGCCAGACUCUAUCUCUCUGCAGCAGGCCCUCCACGAGUCUGUGUUCUCCCCCGGCAUGUCGGCUUCUACCCCCCAUCGUGUGGCUCUGUGCUGGGACAAACACUGCCAGCUGCUCCCCGAGGUCCUGGGACUCUCCGCCAAGAGAGUCGCCGCCUGGAAUUCUGAGGAGGUGGCCAGUUUCGUGAAAGGACUUCCGGGUUGCAAAGAGCAUGCCGCCACUUUUAGAACAGAGCAAAUAGACGGCGAGGCCUUCCUGCUUCUCACCCAGGCAGACAUCGUAAAGAUUCUGUCAAUCAAACUAGGCCCCGCCCUCAAGAUCUACAACUCCAUCCUCAUGCUGAAGAACGCAGACGAGGAGUGAGACGAGACCAGCAGCCCGGCCUCAACCCUCCUAGCCCUUAACUGCUCCCUGAGCUCAGCAGGUCUCUGCUCUGAGACAUUGACAUGAGCCCCCCCCCCCCUCUCUCCCCAAGAUGGCCUCUCACUAGUCCUCCGACUGCACAGCAGAGGACGAGGAGAGGAGACGGAGGACAGGGAAACAGUCUUUUCCCCCAGCCUGGUCUUUGCCAAGGACUUAAAUGGAAAGAGGUGUUGCAUUGUAAAAUAAGGACUCCCUAUUUAUGUUGUUUUAUUUUGUGUGGUUAUUUUUUGUGGGAGGGGGGGUUGAUAAUUAUAUUUGUCUGAGUCGUUGUAUAACGUCUUAGCUCUAAGCUAAAGGAUCAAAUGGAAAAAGGUAAAUGUUUUUAUUUUUUUGCAUUUACUUGAAAGUGUCCAUUGAAAAAUAACAACAGCUGCACAAACAAUCGUAAGCGAAGGGUUGACAGGGGGACCUUAUUGGGCAGGAGGUUGUUCCUCUGCUUGGUUCCUGGUGUUUACUUCGUCCACAAGCCCUCCAACAGAUCAUUAUCAGAUGAUUCUUGGCCUCCACUUUGAUGAAGCGGGGGGCAUGGGGGCGUGUGAGUGUGUGUGAGUGUUUGUGUGUGUUGGGGUGGGAGGUGCAUGUGUGCCUGUGAGAGUGGUUGAGUAACAACGAUUUAGCACCAGCUUCAAUGUGUUGCAUUUCCUGCAAGGAUUGUUUUUAAUAGGUUACGGAUGGCCAAGGGCUAAUAUUCAGCUUAGCCAGGUGAACUAGUAUGACCAAUCAGCUGUUCUCCCUCCAGUCUGUUAGCUUUUUGGAAUAAACCGCGGAAUUCAAUUGAAUGUAAAAAAAAAAAUAUAUAUAUAUCUGUUGUUUGGAUUGCUAUUGUUUACUGAAUUCGGUUGUAUUGACCUCUGGCGUUUAGUGUAAAUAGUGUAAAGUAACAUAACAAGCUGUAUUGCUAUGGUAUCCCUGCUUCUUUAUGCAACGGUUUAACCCCGCUGUGUGGCGAAUUAAACUCCAAUUUGUGAAAUCUGAGAAAUAUUUCAAACGCAUUGUAAUCCACUGCACAAUCCAGCGUUAAAUGACGCACUUUUGGCGAUAACGCAUAACGGUAAUUGUUCAUAUUCGGACCGCUUUAAUUUAUGUAUUUUAAUUUAAAGGGUCACGGUACGCAAAUGUGUGUUGAAAGUUGACCCUGUGCUCUGGACGUUUGAGUGGAAGAAAUAAAUGAAACGCGCACUUA